AUGUCGGAGGCUCUUUACGCCUCCUGUGCGGAGGUUCUCUCCGUCUGCCAGGCCAACAAGGACGACCUCGAAGCCUUGCUUCAUCCCGAGUAUGGCUUCGCCCCCCGGCUAAGGCACAUAUGCGACCAACAACUGGCUGACAUGCACGAUGCGUCGAUGGAAAGCGUGUCCACCCAGGAGUUCGAGGCCCUGAAAAUGGAGAGCGACACCUGGGCCCUCCUCCAAGCCCUCAUGUCCCUCCGCAAGACCACCCCGCCCGAGUACCCGCACCCGCGCGACCUGCUCGCCGAAAAUCCGUACACGCCACCCGCGACCCUCGCACAGUCGAUCAUGCACGCCUCCCCCCUCCUCUCCGCCCUCGUCGUCGUCCGCGAGUGGCUCCACGACUCCGCUCCGAUGCCCGCGACCCCGGGCGUGACGAACGGCUACUGGCGUUUCACCCGCAACGCCGUCCUCCAAGGCAAACGCACCGGCCGGCAGGGCGCGGGCGUGGUGGAGGAGCUUGACCCAGACGCGCCGAACCGCGCGGCGGGGGAGGAGGGGAAGGGGCUCGCGCCUGAUGACGCGACGUACGAAAAGCUGGUCAUACAGGCUCUGUAUGCACAUGUACGCGCCGGUCAGCUCGAAGAGGCGGUCGAUCUGUGUCGAAAAGCGAACCAGCCGUGGCGGGCGGCGAGUAUACGUGGUGCGCUGUUGUUCCAGUGGCGGGCAAUAGCAAAUGAGCCAAGAGACGAAGACGCGAUGGAUGACGAGGACGUGGAGGGAUCCCAGCAAUGGUCAGGGAAUGUCAGGCGGAAGAUGUGGAAAACGGUCUGCCAGAGUGCAGCGCUGAACGUACCGCUACCACCAGCAGAACGUGCUCUCUAUGCCUCUCUUGCCCCGACUACGUCGACGUCCGUAGCACUCAAGUCCGUAUGUCGAACAUGGGAAGACCAUUUGUGGGCCCUCGUUAGCAUGGCUUGUGAAGAGCGGCUUAGUCGCGGUCUCGCGGACAUCGAACGUGAAUGCUUUUGGGAAGGCGGGCUGGGAGCUCUUGAGAGCAGCGCGGUUAGCGGCGAGCAGGCCCCGACACACGAUCUGGACGAAGAUACGUGGGAGCACGAGGUAGUGCAGACGUUGCAGGAGCUAUCGAACAUCCCCGUCAUCGAUGGUGCCCCUGCCGACCACCCAUAUCAUGUCUCACAACUGCACAUCAUCCUCGACCAGACGGAUUCGCUGCUUGAGUCGUUCGCGAGUGGGCUGCAGGAAGGCCUCUACGUCUCUGCACCUGAGUACUCCGCCAUGACACGCUUUUUCGCCCACGUCUGCCUGUUCUUUCAGAUGAUUGACGUUCCCGUCUCCCCUUUCGCCACCCAAACCAUCCUCGAAGCUUACCUCCAAGUCCUCGAGAACGCCGGCCAACGCGAGCUAAUCGCCAUGUACGCUGGAGCUCUCGGCGACAACGCCGUCGAGCGUUAUGCCAUGUUCCUCACCUCCCUUGAACUCUCCGGAGAUGCGGAAGAGCGUCGUCUUGCCCUCAACCGCGCCCGUGAUCACGGUCUUGACGUCGAGCGCGUCGCCGUGGUCACCGCAGAGCGUACGAUCGAGAAGACGUUCACGAUCCUACCGCCAACGAAGGGCCCCCUCCCCGGCAUCCAGGCGGUCGAACCACCGCCGACGGACGCAGAGUGGCUACUCGUGCGCUCGAUCGAGUGGACCACAUUCUUCGAGACCACGUACGACACCGCGCUCGAGCAAGCUAACGUCAUCCUUCGCUACUUCCUCGGUCGUGGUCGGGUGCAGGUCGCGAAGAACCUGCUCGACAUGCUCCCGCCCGAGCUCGGGACCCUGCCCGAGCCCGAGGACGAAGCGACGGAGUUCAUGCACUACCGCCAGUUCUUCGCCGUCUGGGACUCGCUCGCCCGCGUCGGGGAGUGCGCUGCGCUUGAGCAGCCGCAGAUGAACAAAGAAAGCCGUGCGUCGUGGCUUGGCGACUAUCGAACGUUGAUUGACCAAACCCGCGAUCUGGUGCUCAAGCUCCUCACCAACGAUUGGCUCGUUUUCGACACUCCAGGAAGCACCGUCGACCGCCGCCGGAAAGACCUCGCUCGGAUCCGGCAGAUAUACGUCCCGGAGCUCAUCCUCCGCCUCCACGCCGCUCUCGUCCGCUCGCGCGCGCGCCUCCCGGAGAACGUGAAACACGCGCUCGCGCUCGUGAACGUCGUCGCGGACUCGCGCUACCGGCUCUACGACGCCUUCUCGCCGCAGGAGGGCCGCCGACUGGGCGACUACCUCGCCGCCGUGCGCGGUGCCGUCCUCGCCGGGCUCGAGGGCGGCGGGUCGGACCCGUUCCGGAUACUCUCUGUGUAA